UACAAAAGUUACAUGAAACAGUUUGCUAAGUCAGAUGCUGAUGCUGAAGAAUCUGAAACAGCUUAUUUUUUCCGUGGAAAUGAAGAAAAAGAAGAGGGAACGUAACAAUAACAUCAUCCUUCUUCAAGCCUCCUAUGAGUUGUUCAUCGGACUUAACGUCAUUCUAUGGCGUAAACGCCACCGUCUCUUCUCCCUCAUCUCCGCCGUCUCCGGUUGUUUACUUCUCUUACUCUUUGCCUUCUCCGUUUUCACUCCUCCUCCUACCGCCACCGAACACUUCCUUUCUCACCACCUCUCCGCGGUGAAGAAAACAGAGGUUGUGGAGUCUAAUUUUGAUAUGGUGUUUCAAGUUCCGGCAAGUGGAGGAACUUUAGGUCGUGAUUUAUGGAGUUCGAGCCAAUCAAAGUUCUACUAUGGAUGCAGCAAUGCCUCUAAGAGCUUUCAAUCUGCUGAUAUGAAAACACAUCCCAACCGAUACUUGAUGAUCGCCACCAGUGGAGGGUUAAAUCAACAGAGAACAGGGAUAAUAGACGCUGUUGUUGUAGCAUAUAUUUUGAAUGCAACUCUGGUCAUACCCAAGCUGGAUCAGCAUUCUUACUGGAAAGAUACCAGUGGGUUUGCUGAAAUAUUCAAUGUUGACUGGUUCAUUUCAUCUCUCUCUCGAGAUGUUGAAAUCAUCAAAGAGUUACCACGAAAUGAAGGUAAAGCUUGGAUUCCUCGUAGCAUGCGUGUUCCAAGGAAAUGCAAUUCAAAAUGCUAUCAAAUUCGUGUUCUACCUGUUCUAAAUAAAAAACAUGCUGUUGAGCUUACCAAGUUUGAUUAUAGACUUUCAAAUAGGUUGGAGACAGAUUUACAAAAGCUCAGAUGUAGGGUGAACUACCAAGCUCUAAGAUUCACAGAUUCAAUUCUUGAACUGGGAAAAAUCUUGGUUGAAAGGAUGAGGAUGAAAGCUAAGCAGUUUAUUGCCUUGCACUUGAGGUUUGAACCUGAUAUGCUUGCAUUUUCUGGAUGUUAUUAUGGUGGCGGAGAAAAAGAAAGGGGAGAACUGGGUGCACUCCGGAAGAGAUGGAAAACUUUACAUGUGAGCAACCCUGAAAAGGUGAGAAGGCAUGGAAGAUGCCCGCUGACACCAGAGGAAGUUGGUCUAAUGCUAAGAGCAUUGGGCUUUGGCAGUGAUGUUCACAUUUAUGUGGCGUCAGGUGAAGUAUAUAGAGGGGAAGAGACACUGGCACCACUAAAAGCACUCUUCCCUAAUUUCCAUUCAAAAGAGACUAUAGCCACCAAGGAGGAAUUGGCACCAUUUUCAUCAUUUUCGGGUCGCAUGGCAGCGCUGGAUUACAUUGUUUGUGAUGAAAGUGAUGUUUUUGUCACAAACAAUAAUGGAAACAUGGCUCGGAUUUUAGCUGGUCGAAGGAGAUACUUUGGGCACAAACCAACAAUCCGACCAAACGCCAAGAAACUGUAUAAACUGUUCUUGGACCGAAAUAACAUGACAUGGGACGAGUUUGCCUCUAAGGUUCGAACAUAUCAGAUUGGGUUCAUGGGGGAACCAAAAGAAGUGAAAACUGGCAAGGGUGAGUUUCAUGAAAACCCAGAUAGCUGCAUAUGUCAGGCAAACGGACUUAAAACUCCUCAAGAAGACGAUGAAAGUAGUAAGGAGAGGAAGGAGGGUGCAGGAGUGAGUGACGAACAACAACAACAACAACAACAGCCCCUUGAGGAGGAUCCAGAUUGGACCGACAUUUUUUAUUUAGAUAAGGAGUUGCCUGAUGUGAUAACCAAACAAGAACAUCCUGAAGUGGAAGGGUUCUUUUCAGACUAAAAUGAAGGCCAACAGGUUGUUUUUUCCUCUAAUUUUUUGGGUUCUUUUAGGAUCAUACUCUAAUCUUAACACAUACGGCAAAGAGCACUGUGUACAUAAAAAGAAAAGAGGACGCCGGGGCGUGCAGUCGACACAUAAUUUCCUGUUUCUCAUAAUUAUUCUUCUGUUGGUCCAUCUUUUUUUCCGUAAGGAAAUGAUGUGUUGAUGAUUAGUGGUUAGGGUAUUCUUUUCCCUGUUACUUAAAGAAUAAUUUAAAAGAAAAAGAAAAAAAAUGAAAAAUACUUGUCUUGCUCUUGUCUCAACUAUUUUUACUUAAGAGACAAAGGUUGAAGUACAGCAAAAGAAAUGAUGAAAUAGUUCUGUUUUAUUUUAUUUUUACAUAUUUUCAUUAAUUUACAAAUUGUUUUUAUGUUGCUGGAUGUAUAUAAUAUAAA